AUGGAAGAAAUUCCCUAUGCCAAGGCCAUUAGGACUGUCAUGUAUGCAAUGAUAAGCACAAGGCUUGACAUUGCAUGUGCUGUCAGCACUUUGAGCAAGUUUAUGUCCAAUCCUGAUGAAGAACAUUUGACUGGUUUGAAAUGGCUUUUAAGGUAUCUAAAGACAACCUCAAACUAUGGUUUGAAAUUUGAGAAGACUGGCAACACACUGAAGUUAGAUUGCUUUGUUGAUCCUGAUUAUGCAUCCAACAAUGACACCAGAAUAUUGAUCACUAGCUACUAUUUCCAGUUGAGUUCAUGCUGCAUAAAUUUGAAAUCACAGGUGCAACAUGUAGUUGCUUUGUCCACUAGAGAAUUUGAUUUCAUGGAAAUCACAUAG